AUGCUUAAAUUUAUACUGGUAUCAACAUUAGUAGCUUAUGUAGCUGGCAGCCAGGGAUAUGGCGGUAGCAGUGGUGGUGGUGGUGGUGGAUAUGGUGGUGGACGCAGCAGUGGUGGAGGAUAUGGAGGCGGACGAAGCAAUGGUGGCGGUUAUGGCGGCGGAAAUGGUGGUAGACAUGGCGGUGGUGGUGGUGGUGAGGUAGUCCAGGCUGCCAUCCAUACUAGACACUCGAUCGACUAUAAGGACGUACCGUCGACCGGCAAUGUUAACCCCACUACCAUCGAAGUCGGUUCAUCAUCCAUUCCCCUUAACAUACUGUUCCGAUCGUCAUCAUCCAACCUGAAUGUCCAACAGGAGCAUCAGGGAGGCGGCGGCGAUACCCAACGUAGCCAAUCGGAGGACGAACCUCAUCAUCUCAUUCACGAAGUAUCCAAACCGAUCAUCCAAGAAGUCCGCGAAGUCAUUACACCCUAUCGUAAGAUCGUCCAAGAGAUACAGCCCGUCCAGGAAGAGAUCCAGACAAUUGUGGCCCGCAGUCAAAAUCAACGACACCAGCAGCAAAACAAUGGCGGUUUCAGCGGUAGCCGCGGCGGCGGUAGUGGUCACGGAAAUGGUGGUUCAUUUGGCGGUUCAUUUGGUGGCGGAUAUGGCGGCGGAUCUAGUCGUGGAUCUAGCGGUGGAUAUGGAGGCCAAUCGAAAAAUUAUUAA